UCCCUGGCGGAAACAAGCGUACCCCUGCAGGAAUCGGACGUUUUCGGUUAACAACAUCGUCCUCCGCCGACAGGAGGCGCUGCCAGCAGGGUUGGAAUGGUCCAUUUAUUAUCUAUGGUGUGGAGGAAGAUCCUACGAAAGAGAUGGGUGCUUGGCGUGGUUUUUGGCCUCUCUCUGAUAUAUUUUCUCACCAGUACUUUCAAGCAGGAAGAGAGAACAGUGAGAGACCGAACACUCCUUCAGACGAAUGAUCAAGAUAGAAAUAUUCAAUGGCGAAUUCAGUUCAAUCUUGGAAACAGUAGCAGGAUCAGUAAUCGGUGUCGCAACUCAGUGCAAGGAAAACACCUUAUUACAGAUGAUCUAGGAUACGUCUGUGAGCGUAAAGAACUUCUGGCAAAUGGCUGCUGCAACAUUAACGUGGCCAGCACAAGGCAGUAUAACUGUGAGAGCUGCUUAUCCAAUGGAUGUUGCAGUGUUUAUGAGUAUUGUGUGUCUUGUUGCCUGCAGCCUAACAAGCAACAUGUACUGGAACGUUUUUUAAAACGAGCUGCAGUGGGUUUCCAGAACUUAUUCAUGGCGGUAGAAGACCACUUUGAGUUGUGUUUGGCCAAAUGUCGCACAUCCUCACAGAGUGUUCAACAUGAGAAUACGUACAGGAAUCCAGUCGCCAAGUACUGCUAUGGAGAAAGCCCCCCAGAGCUGCUCCCCAUGUGAUCAACAAUGUGACUAAGAACAAAGGAUAAAUCUCGUCUUCCUGCAACAUCUGCUGCUCAGCAAAGUGCUAUACAGAAUACUACGGGUACAUAUGCCAAUUGUAAUGUAGAAACUACAAUAGGAGUUUACAGUACACACCAUAAGACUUGUUAAGUUGGGGCAUUCUUAAUGCCCCCCAAAUAGUGUUCCAUGGACACAGUCUACCUAUAAUAAAUGAUGUACAGACAAUGUUUCCAUAUUUCAUGGUAUGCACCGAGUGCAGUAUACAGUUCACAGAACAUUUAAUGAGUUUAUAAUGGACAAGAACUUACAGAAGAUGCUUCUACUUUUCAAGGACUAAAUAAUUAAAGAAUGGAGUCUUAUGUAUAUUCUGAAACAUUUGUGAUUUUGUUUUCCCAGGUAUUUUUUUUAUUUUUGUUUCCAUGUAGAAUUUUUGUUGUAAGUUAUUGGUAUAAUUUAUUAAAUGUAUGUUAUUUGUUUUGUUCUAUGGCAUUUUAUUUGUGCUUAUUAUCAAUAAAAACUGAAACAGAAAGCUGGUAAAUUGAAUUGACAGUAAGUAUUAUGGGCCCGAUUCAGACCUGAACGCUGCUGUGCGAAUACGCAAAAUCGGGUAAUUAUCGAUCGACUGCGCAUGCGUACAGAUCAUAGUGCGCACGCGCGAGGCCAAACUGCGAAAAAAAUCCAGCACAUUUUUUUUUACAGGUCUCUGUGUGGGCAGCGACUAUCUGAUUGCACACCUCUGCAUAUUCGCAGAGGAGCGAUUAGGUCUGAAUUACCCCCUAUACUGUAAUAUGCCAAUUUCUAGGUUUGCUAAAAACUUCCCCCAAAUGUGUGUUCUUCCUAAGCGCAGAUUGUGUAGCUGAGAUUUUAUAUUAGACCUAUACUUCUCUACUGGAACAUUCUUCCAGCAUAUUUUAUGACAUAGCUGAGUAUACAUAUGGUGUUUGAAUGAUAAUCUGUUUAAUUUCAGAAAUGACUUGGGAAUGGUAUCCGUGACAUUUUAACUAAAUGCAAUACUUGUUUUCCAAGAUUCUGUAUAGUGAUAAUGUAGAUCCCAAAUUGAUGACAUUUCAAGAGUUGCCAUCAUUAUGUUUAGCUGUUAGAUGGCACACAUGGUGCAACGCCUUAAAUCUGCCUCUUCUAAGAGACUGAUUAAUUUGCUCUGUAACACAAUAGCCUCACUCUUCCUGUCCUCCUCUUUCUGCCAAAUUCCACUCGGUUGAUUAAUGACAGGGACAGAUUUACAGGUUCAUCCUCCCUGCAUUCUCCCACAUCUCAUUGUCACUGUUUAUAAUGCAAUCUUUCCUGGAAAAAUGAUAAUGUUCUCCUAUAGUAGCUUGGUAAUGCCUUUGGCAUUCUUGGGCAAUCAGACAGAUGGAAGUAGGUGGAAGUGUCAUCUUAAAGAAUGUCCACCUGCAAUCCAUCAGAAGGUUCCAGUUAUGUGAGAACAUGUUGGCCUACGUUAAAAUUAGAUUACCAUAAUGUUCUGAAUAAGAUGCGUUUGCCAUUUUUGCAUAUUUGUAAUUACUGCAAAUGUUUGCUCUUUGACUUUUGCAAAACAGAAAAGCAACAUGUUAAUGAUUACUCUGAGCAAGACAGAAGGCAGAGGAACAUUAUUUUUUAGUGUGUAAGCUCUGUAUACAGUUUAUUAACAAAACAGAAAUACUUUUGCAUUUAUGUGUGCAUUGUACUACAAUUUGGAAAACAGCAUAAUACACAAUACCAUUUA